GCCUAGACUUUAGGAGCCUUGGUCAUUUCGGUUCGCUUUGUCUUAAAUAACACUAACACUAACUAGUACCCAUGAGGCAACAUUGGUGUGAUUUUCUUGAAGAUUUGGCUGCUUCUAGAUAUCCGGUAAACUACAACGAAAGUGAAAUGGGUGUUUCCCUUUGAGAAAAAUGAAACCUCUUUGGGAAGUCAGUAUCACUUAUCUAAUCAGUGCAGAAACUAAAUAUCUAUAUCAGUCACUAAUCUUGUAAUAAUAAGAAUGGCAUUUUGAAGAGCUCUUUUUUUCUUCAGUGUAUUUUGGUAGUCAAUUAAGCUUGAAUGCAGUGCAGUAGGCUGCCUUCUUGACAAGCUGCUUUCUUCAAACUACAUUUCUGACCUUCUGUAGCAUUGAUAACAGCUGAUUCCAUGGAGAUGAAUAAAGGCUCUUGUACUUCAGAAAACAAGGAAGUGCCAUAUUUUAGGGGCCACUCUCAAAUAUGCUAAUUUAUGUAAAAUUUACAUUUUAAGGUAAAGUUUAACUGUAAUAUUGCUUGAUGGGUGUUAUUUGUUGUCACCACUGGAUUCACUCUUCAUAAAAUAGGAGGUUAGGGUAUCCCAUAUUUUGGCAUCUUGUCUUCUACUUGUCAUACUCAAGAAUGUCUGCAGGUUUCAGUAGUUCGAUCAUUUCUCUCAUGUUUUUGGAACAGAUAUGCAAAACUAACUUGAACUGUCUUUGCAAUGCGACAGAUAGGUUUGAAACUCUAGUACACCACUCUCUCUAUUUCUCCCCCUGUGACUGUGCAUUCAUCUGCGUGUCUGCUUGUGCAUGUGUCAUCUAAAAAACUUGAAACAUAGAAACCUUCUGAACCAAUACAUAUGAGGGUAUCAACUAAUUAUGUGUUUUGGCAUUCAGGUAAGGACUUGUAUUCACGCAACCUCAAAUUGCUCGUACCUUUCUUUGACUAUCCGUCAAUUGAGUUACGAAUGAUAGAGAAGGGUAUUGAUUCUAAGACACAAUUUAUAUUGGCAUCAUGGAAACUAAGGACCUACCUCAAACUUCCCUGGAGGCCUCUCAUUUCCAUUGAUGGAAGAACAGUCUAUGAUUUAAAUAAUGAAUUCAAAAUUGUUAGGCAUUCUGAGAGUUGGAACAUUUCUGCGCUUGAAGCAAUUGGCCAGAUAUUUACACCCAGUUCUCAUAGGCCUGGAGGAUGAAGUCUAGAUGUAUAUAUUACAAAUUUCAAGCUUUUGGUGCUGACUUGAUUUUUAAGUUAAAUCUUUCAUUAGAAUCUGCUGUAAAAACUAUCUACAUCUCAAAUUAACAACCCCAUUUUUCACAAUUUGUUUGCCAGGAAUGGUGUUAGGACUUUACUGAUUUGCAGCUACAGUUGCAGGGCUGCCUUCCCUUCAGUCUUGUAUUAAUCAAAUUCAAUUGCUGAAACUCUGGUUGAGCAGAUGUCAAUUGGUUCAACCUUUAUGAGUAUAUAUGACUUACAUGUCUGACUUGCCAGUGAACUGCCUUGUAUAAGUGUAGGUUCCGACUUGUGUUGGAUUGUGCGGGUGUUGUUUGUCUAAUUGUCUAUGAUUUGCAGCAUUUUUGUUAUAAAAAGAGAUACAGAGAAUGACUUGCAAGGGGAGUCAGAUUUCUUUCUUUUUGAUGUAACUCCCUAACUGUGGCAUCUAUAUUGGCUACUUCUUCCUCU